UCAAAAGUUUGUUAAUUUUAUAUAGAACAUAUAGAAAAUUUAUUUACUACUUUAUUACCUGUGAAAAACGACCGAAGGACACUGAUAUCGCAUAAUUUACGGGCAAUACGUACUCGCACGGAUAAACGUUGUUUUUUUUUCAUUAAGGGUUCACAGUCUUAAAUGAUUAUUCAGAGCAUGAAGUAGAACGUGCUUUACAAACCAAUAACGCAAUAGCAGACAGUAUGAAGGAAGAACUUAAUUGGCAAAAAGACUGUAUUGGAAUUUCGUAUUAUUGUUUUGAUAAGUAUAACGGUGAUAUAAGCGAGAAAAAAGUGAAUAUAUUGAAACAUGUUGGCUAUGUAUUCUAAACAAUGAAAUAGACGAAAAAGAUAAUCACUGAUAGGAAAACGAUCAUGGUUUCGUGGCCGGAGAAAUAACAAGUCUUAAGCAAAUAGCUUUCUAAAAAGCAGAGCAAAACAUUUGCUUAUCAUAUUAUCUUUUCGAGGUAGUUGCGAAAGAGUAAAGUGGAGUAAAGUGGAUGAAUAAAAAGUAAAAUGCUCUACUUGUUUAAGCAAGCAAUAACUCUAAAGAAGUGACACUUUCCGGUGAUAAAAUAUAUACAAAUUUUAACUUAAUACUUGAGAGAGUAAUAUGGGUUGCACAAAUUCUGUAAAAGUUUCGAAAACAUCGUGCAGUAACAUUGAAACAGACCAGCCAACGCUUACAAUAAAACUAGGACCACAAAUGGACCUGACGGAAAAUGAGAAACGGAUUGUCAAAUCAACAUGGCACCAUAUGACGAAGGACAUUUCUGAAAACGGUCUUCGAGUGUUUCUAAGGAUAUUUGAAACAUGUCCUGAAACUAAAGAACUUUUUCAUGUGGAAAACAGUCAACAUAUAGAAUUAACACGUAACCAGGUGAUCAGGGGACAUGGGGCUCGGUUUAUAAGUGCAAUAUGGGCUGCUGUAAAUUGUUUAGAUGAGAGUGGUGACAAGCAGGAAAAACUAAGAGAAGUGUUAUUUGUUCUUGGACAACAACAUAAAGACUACUCUGGAUUUAAAGCGGAAUAUUCUGAAAUAUUUUACGACGCGCUAAUGUGGCAAUGGGAACUAUGCAUUGGAGACAAUUUUACGUCGGAAGUAUCAGACACUUGGAGUCACGUAUUUGUCUACAUGAUGGAAAAUCUCAAAGAGGGCUAUUUCUCAUAGAAAAGUCAGCAGAUCAAUAUAUCCGUAAUCAUUGUACAAAGGC